CGCUCUCGACGCGCAGAGCGUAAUUUUGAAACUCGCCCGCUCGAGCGUCGGCCAACCUAACCUUUGCGUAUGCAGGUGGGCCGAGCACAACCGAGCGCUGCCGAGCGUACAGGCAGACCGGUCUGUCGAGCGACUAUAGCGUUGUUUAGACUCUGCAGCGGUCGGUGUUAGUUCAUACUGUAUGUGAUAGUGCGUUCGCUCUACGUUAGACAUGUUGCACCACGCAACAAUGACAACUUGGGGUCCCAAUUAAAAAUGUGGUUUGAAUCUCAGAAUUGUGCCAUGAUGGGUCUACAAGCGACCACAGGAAAACGUAAGCUCGAAGCCGCCACCGCACCAGGAGAAUCGUCGCCAGCGAAGAACGGUCGCUGGGAAGCGGAAGAUUGUAUAGCGCGUCUGCAAGCCGUUGCCGUACCAAGUGAUGCAUGGAAAGCAGCAACUUUGCUAUCUGAAGAUUUCGAAGACGAUGAGGACUUUGAGGAUGAUUUGUCCGAUGAUGAUCGGUGCGGGCCUAGUGUGCCCGAACCGGCGCGAUUCACCCAGCUGCAGCACCACCACCAUCCGCAGCAUAUCCAGCCGCAACCCCCAACGCCGUACCCAGCCGCCAACCGCUACCAAUCGGCGGCCGAUUACUGGCAGUACUACCAACCGCCGCAGCAGCAAACGAUACGAUGCGAGGAGAAUGGCAAGUCGUACUUGGAGCUGGGGGCGGCGCCGCCGGUACGAACGCGAUGCUGUGAUGGCCGAACGCGAUGGUGCCACGUGCCGUGCUACCGACAGCGGCGGCUGGCCGUCCUGAACCUGUCUAUGUGCAAGCUGGCGCGAUACCGGCAAUGCUCCGAUCCAUCGCUACGACGGAGUGUACUCAUCUGCAACACGCUGCGGCGGCUCGAGCGAGAGAUGGAGUCGGAACCACCGGAGCCCAGCUACCCGCCCACGAUGCCGGAGAUUGCACCACCUAGCCGUCUCAACGCGGUGCCGGAGCCGACGUACGAGAACAGCCUGCGGGAGAUGACUGCCAGCUCGGGGCGCGCCACCCCUUUCCCCCAGACACCCACGGUCGACACCGACUCGGGCAUCGGCGACGACGACGCGACGCGCCCCAUCAACUGGGGCUCAGUGCUUAGUUUAACGUCGCAGACGGACCUGGAGUCGCUGAACAAUAAUGAACUGUACGCGGAGCUCGGCUUAACUAGUGACUUUGAGUGGAACAAAGAAUCGGGCGGCAGCUCGUCGCGCGCCGAAAACGAAUGGGACGGUUUUAUGCAUGUGCUCGUCAGCAGCUCGUAGCAUAGCUACUCGUACUAAGAUAUGCAUUCGCAUACUGUAUAAUUAUAGCAUCCACAUAGCAGACUGAAGGAGACAUCCAGACGCGUGCAUCUCGUUCGUCUCUGUGAUGCAGGCGAUUGCGCAUACAGUGUGCCACAGUGCUACCCCAUCGCUCAGGUUGUGAUUAGCUAAAGACAUUUAGUGCAGUACAGGAAUUGUGCAGCUGUAUUAAGAUUAAUGAUUGAUAUUGUUGACUAUUUUUUAUUUUUAUAAAGUUUUUACCUAGCGAUCGGUCUUUGUAUGAGGUGAUAGUGAGGCGGGAGAGUGGCGGUAUCGCGGCGGGCGGCGGUUUGAUACGAAACGAUUUAAUGGCGAAAUUGCGCCUGCGAUACCGAUACCGAGAGAGUACUUACGAUAGCGGCACCGAUGGGUUCGUACGCGAUUACACGUCCCGGCGCAGCAAGCAGAAAAACCAGAACAACUUAAACAAAUAUAUCUUAAUCUAAAUCCGAGAAAGAACUAAAACAAUUAAGCGAAUUCGUUGACAGUUUAUGAUCUCCAUCGCUCAAUAAGCGCUCAAACUGAAGCAUGAGUUUUAUUGAUAUUAUGGUUAAUUACUAGUACUUGAAUUAAUAAUAUUUAUGAUUAUUAAUUUGGUGUUACUCGACCCGUUUUGGGCAUUCCUCUUGUACAUUAUACAAAAUACGAUGUGUAUAUUCUUGUACAUAUUUGCAACAAAGAAAUGAGAGAAAUUGAUGAAUUGAUAGUGUACAUAUGUACAUAAGAGUUUCUAAUUAGGUUAAAACAACAAAAUAUGUAUAUAAUUAAUUCAUAUAUACGAGUAAAAAUAUAUUAUAUAAAAUUAUAUAUGUUACAUACGCAUAUAUAUUUUAAAUUGUGUGACUUUAACAAAGUUGGCAAUAUCUUAAGGUGUAACUGAAAAAUUUUAAAGAAACGAAUCGGAGAAAGAAGGAAGAACGCGCGCAAACACAAUUUAUGCAUCCCGGUAAAACGCAAACAAAUGACAUACUCACACCUACAACACACACACACACACACCAGCGAGACAUUCAAGGCAAGAAAAAGCAAACGAUAGUAGUGUACAUGCUAAAUUUACUGGAUUAUUUGAAAGUGUUAAAGAAAAACAAAACGCGUCCCUGUCGACUAAAAAUAUCAACACGUUUUCAUUCAUCUAGUUAUAUACUACACUACAUACUCUCACGCUUUACGAUAUCGUAUCUAACGAUGCACGAAAUGUUCAUUGAUGAAUCUUGAUCAACCGCGCAAAUUAAUUUUCACGGAGCGCACGCCGCUAGUAAAAAUAUCGCGUUGCGAAGGUUUGGGUUUAUGAUUAUAACGAUCGAACCGGCGUGCAUUGCCAUCCACCGCAUGUUUUGGAAAUGCGUUUCUACCUGGAGCAGCCACCGUUUCCAAAACAUUCGGUGGUCGUCGAUGCUACGAAUUUAUUCGAUAUCAAAACUAUCGAUUACUCAAUUUUAAAAUAAUACUCAUUGAUGUCAAUUAUCGCACGAUUUAAUAGCUAGCGACAUGCUACGGAAAUCUAAAUAAUUCAGUUGCGCUCGACGCGCUUUGAAAGUGAAAUUUUCCUCAGUCAUGCUCGGUCAAAAUUCAUCAAAUUGUCGCAUAGUAACGUGGUGAAUUCAGUUAGAUACGAUAUUUCUUAGUAUGUUAUUAGCGCUCAUUCUCAAAAUCAUUUAUUAUUUAUUACACCAUUCGCGUGUUGAAUUCAAGUUCACAGGGAUGCGGCGUAUCUAGUCCAACAAAACGGCCGUUUAAUUUUUGCUAAGAAGUAUACUGAGCCAGUAUUAAUGCGAUCAUUUAAACAUAGAACAGAAUACGCGCGAAGCAAACACGAUCGUUCGUACCGUCCUUUAAGAAAUACAUAAAAUGCAAACACUUCUUUCAGUCAAGAAAACUCGUGAAUGUGGCUGAUUUUCACAUAUUAAACAUAUAUUAAAUUAAAUAAUAGAUUAUAAUAUAUAUUGAAAUUUUAUUAUCUCACACAGAUGCAUUUAAAUUAAUGAAUACCUUAACAUCUUCUCUGUUCUUAUUAUUUGCAUUAGUUUGACAAAACGUACUAAUUCUCUUCGCGCAUAAAUCAAUCGAUCAAAGAAAAUACGAAUGAAUCGCUGACGAAUAAAAGAAUUACAUUAGUUAUAACUGAAAUAAAUACGAGGGCACAAUUAAAUACUGUUACUACUGAAAUAACUGAAUAACUAAAGAUAACUUAAUUGAAAAUGUAAAAAUAUGUUGUACUACUUCAUAUACCAAUAACUUUAAUUCGUUGGAAUUGCAAUUUUAUUACUAUUAUCAUACGAUUUUAUGAAUAGAUGAAUGAAAAUGUACCCCACAAUAAAACAACAGACAGACCUAAACCAGACGAUGCGUCGAAGGAAUGAAAAUAAUAAGAAACACAUAGAAAGUAAACGAAAACAAUGUUUUGAAACCAUAAGGCAAUCAAUAUUAUACAGUUUUUAAAAGAGACAAAUUAUGAACAAAUUUUAAGUAACAAACUAACGCGUAAUCUAAGACGAUGAAAUUCCAAAAAUGAAACCAUUUUGAUGAGAGGUAUAAGUUAAACAAAUGAAUGCUGUGUUUUAUUCUAAAAUAUAAAUAUAUACUAUGUGCACAGAUAAAAGAUAAAAAUAAUAGAUUUAAUAUUUUGAUAAGAUUGCAAUAAUAAGACAAAAACUUACAAAAAAAAAUACAAACACAAUUUGACGAAGAGAGCGGUGAAGUUUAAGACGACACAAAAAUAUUAUGUUCAUGGCGCGUUUGUUCUGGAUUUCUUUAGUUUUCGAUUUUUACCGGGAACCGAGAUGACUUUACAUCAUCAAAUGAGCCACACAUCUCAAUGAGACAAUGAAAAUGUACAAACUUACUAAUUUAAUACAUAUUUAAAAGUUUUAAAUGACGGGAGGCACGCUGAAUAGCAGAAUUUAGUGCUGGGCGAAUAUUUUGUGCAGAGAUUGAUGCAAACAACGACAACUAAAUUAAAUGAUAACUAAAUUAAAUCAUGGAAACUUAAAGUAAUACGUUAUGCAAUUAUCCUAUUAUUGUGAAUAUUCUUGGUUGAUUUUCUAAUGAACCACUUAAAUAAUUGAUAAGCAAGAGGAGGACGAUUGGACGAGUAACAGACAAAAAACAAGCAAAGCGAACAAAGUAAAUUUAUAUGCUCGGUAAAAAUCGAAUUGAUUUUGUUAACGUACGGGGAGAGCACAAACCAAGGCGUUGAAGCGAACGGCAUUUGAGAUAUGGAAAAGCCAAUAUGCCACAACUUGUAUGAGAUGAAUUUCAUAUAAAUUAAAUAAUACUUGUACUCAACGUACUCGUACCACAUCGAGGUGAUGUCAAUAAGAUGAAAACAUUACGUACAACACUAAUUGUGUGCAAGUAAAAUGUGAUAUCAUGUAAUAUGUUAGUGUUAAAAAUAAAUCGGUAUAUAUGCAUAUUA